AUGAGCCCUUUGAAUUUGAAUUACGGGUCCGCCGGUCUGCUGGCCUCCCAAGCCGCCUCCACGAGUUUUCCGCUCUUCCCGCAAAUGUUCUAUACUCUGCCGUUCACCACUCCGGCGGCUGUCAUUUCCCCUCCCCUCGACCCGAAUGCAAAUCAAAAGAUCGCCGAAGAGAUUACGCCUCUCCAAAACUCGGCCCCGUCUUCUCCGGAAACCGACUCGGAAAGCCGCGGCGUUACUGUCUAUAAGGGCAUGCGGGUGAAGCGUGGCCGCCCUCAGCAGGAGAUCGCCGAUGAUGAGGAGGACCCGGGAAGCCAGAAGAGGAAGCAUCGUCGUCUCUAUGCCCGCCAGUACCGUGCACAGAUGCGCAACAAGAUCGACGAGGUGAAAAAGCUGCAGGACGAGCUGGAGGCUGCGAAGAAGAAGCACCAGGACGAGGUGGCCCAGUUGAAUCGGACGAUCAUCAGCCUGAUCCAGCUGAAUCAGCAGCUCCUCCCCAUCCUCAACCCCGGCAUGCAAUUUAAU